GACAAAUUAUUCCAAGAAACAUUUUCCUUUCACUUAUUCUCUUCUUUCAUUUCACUUAGCAGCUCAUUCGAAACAACGCAUAAAGCUCUCCCCCCAAAAAUUUCUAAUCCCAUCCGACGACACUGCUCAUCGCCCUCAUUUCAUCUCUCUCUGUCUCGCCGGGGACAGGCACGAAGAAAAGCAAUUUACAGGAAGGUUAUACAACAUGGUCAAUGCCACUAAAGGAGUCUUUAUUUCCUGUGACAUACCUAUGGCACAAUAUAUCAUCAACAUGAAUGCUUCAUUGCCUGCAUCUGACAAGUUCAUUAUACAUAUAUUGGAUAAUACACAUAUGUUUGUCCAACCUCAUGUUGAGCAAAUGAUACGAAGUCGAAUUGCAAAGUUCAGAGAGGACAAUACAUAUGUCAAGCCUAAUUGAUUCCGAAUGGCUACAGUGAAUAUUCUGGAACAUUUUAUGUUGAUUAGUAAUUGAUUUUUUUCUAAGACCGUUUCUUGUAUCCAAUGUUUUCGCAGUUCGCAUGGAAAAAUGAAAUGUGAUUUGCUAUUAAUUGUUUUCCCUUUCUGAAA